CAAAAGGUAGUCCGGGGAGACGCGCUGCGCGUGACCGCGUCCCGUGCGCGUGCAGCUGCAGACCGGGGCCGGUGCGUCGGUAAGGAUGAGCGCGUGAGCUUCUCCCGGUGAUCGGCGGCGCGGAGCGCGCGAGGACAGUGGAGCCAUGAGCUGCAACUGGGGCACCGAGCUGUGGGACCAGUUUGAGAACCUGGAGAAACACACCAGCUGGGGCAUCGACUUCCUGGAGAGAUACACCAAGUUCCUGAAGGAGCGAGCCGAGAUCGAGCUGAGCUACGCCAAGCAGAUCCGGAAUCUCUCUAAGAAGUACCACCCGAAGAGAAGCAGAGAAGAGGACAGCAGGUACACCUGGUGCGUGGCCUUUGCUGCGACGCUCCAGCAGCUGAACGAGCUCUCUGCUCAGCGGGAGGAGCUGGCCGAGAGCCUGAACUCGCAGAUCGUGAGUGAACUGAGCCGAUACACCCAGGAGCUGAAGGCCGAGAGGAAGACGCAUUUCCAAGAUGGCCGCCGUGCUCAGCAGCACAUCGAGAGCUCCUGGAAACAGCUGGAGUCUAGCAAACGGCGCUUCGAGCGAGACUGCAAGGAGGCGGAGCGAGCGCAGCAGGCGUCGGACAGGAUGGACCUGGACAACAAGACGGACGGAGAGAAGCGCUGCUCUCUGAAGGCUCGUCAGGCGGCUCAGCAGAAGCAGCAGGCUGCUGAAGAGUCGCGGUCGUUCUACCUGAGCAGCCUGAGCCGCUUCAACCAGGACCAGCAGCAGCACUACCACAGCCUGGUGCCCGUCAUCUACCAGCGGAUCCAGGACAUGGAGGAGCGGCGGAUCGAGCGGGUGGGGGACGCCAUGCGGGCGUCCGCCGAGGCGGAGAGGAAGGUCCUGCCGGAGGCGGGCCGCUGCCUGGACGCCAUGAUGGACGCCGCCCAGAGCAUCCAGCCCCGCAAGGACACCCGGCAGGUGGUGGAGCUCUUCAAGUCCGGCUUCGACCCUCCAGGAGACGUGGACUUUGAGGACUACAGCGCCACCAUGAGGCGGAGCAUCUCCGAGUCAAGUUACCUUGACAACCGGACCGAGGGACGGAGACACAGCCGGAAGCUGUGGCCCUUCAUCCGGAAAAACAAGCUGCUGACUCUCCUGUCCUCACCACGUCAGCCUCCUCCUCCUCCUCCGACUUCCCCGUCUCCUGGGGGCGUGGCCAACAGUCCCCAGUCUCCGCCCACCGUCUCCCGUGAGCCAAUCACACAACGGCUAAAUGACCUCAUGACCUCUGGCUCCAGAACCAGGAAGCAGUGUCUGCGCAGCCUGAAGAGAGGGUUGUCACUGAAACUGGCCUCCAGUCCAGCAGACUGCAGCAACCUUCAGCCUGAACAGAGACGCAAGAAACUGCAGAGUCGCAUUGAAAACAUCAGUCAGGAGAUCCAGAGGGAGAGAGAGCAGAGGGACGCCCUGCUGAAGAUGGUCCAGGUCUACCAGCUCAGUCCUCAGCUCGGGGACGUGGACAGUCUGGAGCCCCGCCUGGAGGAGGUGAAGCAGAGUCUGCAGAGGCUGGAGGAGGAGCUGCACCGGAACCAGGUGUGGCUCUCGGAUGCAGACAGUGGAGCCUCUGAGCAGGGCAGCAGGAGGCAGAGUGGAGGUUGCGGGUUCAAUUCCCAAGCCACCACCCCUGGAAGCAGCAGCCUGAAGCAGCUGGACAACCGCAGUCCGGCGAGCCGAGAGAGCCCUGACGGCAGCUACACGGAGGACCACAGCGCCGAGCUUCACUUCAAGUCUCGCAGUUCGGAGUUUGACGACGACUUUGAGGACGAGGAGCCGCUGCCGAGCAUCGGAACCUGCAAGUCCCUGUACCCGUUCCAAGGUCAGAACGAGGGGACGCUGUCCAUGGUGGAGGGGGAGCUGCUGUCUGUGGUGGAGGAGGACAAGGGGGACGGCUGGACCCGGGUCCGGCGCAGCCUGGACGAGGAGGGCUACGUCCCAACGUCUUACAUCAAGGUCUUCUUGGACAGCAGUGCCAAAGGCUUUGUGCAGAGUAGUCGUCUAGUGUAGGACAGCUCUCGACGAAUGAGGACGUCUCCCAGGAAGUGAUGUAAAGAAGUGAGAGGAAGUGGACAGUUGUCUUCUUCCUGACCGAUCAGCUGACUCACUGCGUCCACUGUGUCACUCUGAGAGCUGCUCUGAUUGGCCGGAUAGAAACGAGAGCGUCACGGUGGGUGUGGCCGUGUGAAGGCUCAGUUCAGUGUAAAUUUAGCCCCGCCCCUUCCCCUGCUCAUAACCCCGCCCCCUCCCCUGCUCAUAGCCCCGCCCCCACGAAUUCGGAAGCCACGCCCCUUCCCCCUGCUCAUGUCUGAAGCCCCGCCCCUUCCCCCGCUCACAUCCGAAGCCCCGCCUCCACCGUGCUUCUCGGUCUCCAUGUUUUUUGACUGAUUGUGUGAAAUGUGAUACUUUUUGAUUUUAUAAACUUCAGUGACUUUUUUUAAUUGAACUGCAGAGUCGCUCUUUUCCACUUCAUGUCUGUCAAACUUUCAAAAUAAACUUCAC